UGGGAGGAGGCUGGCUGGCUGGCUACUCAGCAGAUGGCCAAGGUUCAAGAUCAGAAGCAUGACUGCGACCGCAGGGCUCGUGUGAGGCAAUCUGCUCAACAAAACGUUUUCAAAAGACUCGAGGGAAACUCUCGAAGCCGUGACCGAUGUGGAUGUCUCGGGCUACGCCGGUGUCGACGAGGCCGAGGUCUUCCAGCAGCUUACGGCUCACCUCUCCAGGGUGGAAGGCCUCCAACUCACCGAGGCCGCCGCGAAGACCGUGCACUGGCUGGCCACAACGGACCCUCGAGCUCCUCCGCGGCGGGCCUGCCUGACUUGCAGUACGUGGCCGACGUUCACGAGGUGCGGGAGGCGUUGCACGGCAAGGCCGCCCGAGUGGGCACGGACCUCGUGGGCAUCCAGGUCUCCAACGAGUUGGCCGACGCGCAGAGUUUUGUUCGCAGGCCCGGGAAGCAGGGCGGGGGGGUUGCGGCGCGCCAGCCAGCCCCCCGUGCCCUAGAUGCGACUCUCGGCUCCCCCUGCGGGAGCUUCCUGGAAGUUCUCGCGCUCGGGAUGCGUGCUCUUCCUCCGCGGAGGACGGUCCACAGCCUGCCGCUGCCGCCGGCGACUACGAUGCUCUCCAUGACCUUCCCCCACGACUUCCACCACUCGUUCUCCAACCGACUGCCAAGGAGCGCGCGCUUCCUCAACAUGCCCAGGUUGACGUGCCGAGAGUGGCGGGUGGAAGGGCCCGUCGGCGGCGGCGGUGCGGGCGCGGCGAUUUCAGGCGCGCGGGCUCCUGCGAGGCGAGCCGCGCGGGCGGACCGG